AUGACUUAUAAAUCUUUAGAUAUUCCAAAAUUAUUAUAUUCGGUAAAGGAACAAGUAAAUCUAUUUGAAACUUUUCGAACAGAAAAACCUACAACUUAUAUGAGAAUGUCGUAUUCAGCUAAAGAUAUUGGAUAUAAAUAUUUGAUGACAGCAAGAUUAAGUCAAGAUAAGUUGGAAAAUCUCUUUAGUAUCAUUAGACAAUCCAAGGGUUGUAAUGACCAUCCUAAUCCUGAUGAAUUUUUAACUAUUGUGGAAUAUUUGAGUUUUUACAAUUUAGCUAAAACACCAAGAAAUGGCAAUACUUUUUCCAGUAUUAUUAGCUCUUUAAUAUGUCCAAAACAGCAAUUUAUGAAGAAUGAUCAGUCCAGAUUUUUUAGAAUUGAUAAUUUACUUGAAAGCGGAAAAUUAUUAAAGAGUAAUGAAUAUUUAAAAUGUGAGAAACUAGAAAAUUCAGAUAUUAUUUAUCAACACAGUAAUUUGCAAUUAAUUUAUUAUAUUUCUGGAUAUGUGAUAAGAAAGUUUUUACCAAAAACAUCCUGCACUGAUUGUAAAAAGUAUCUUGAUGCAAAAUCUAUUAAUGCAACUGAUAUACAUCCAGAAUGUGCAGGAUUUACAAAGGAGUUUGAUAAAGGAGGAUUGAUAUAUCCUUCAAUGCCACUAUUUUAUCUUAUAUGUGAUAUUGAAAAUUUAUUUACAGAGUGUUUUAGUUUCAACAAAUUACAUGAAGAGAGUAUACUCGAUAUUUUAUCUAAUUUAGGAAAUAAAAAGACAAGAUAUGUAGGUUGUGAUAUUCAUAAACUUGCUUUAACUGAAAAAAUUGUAAGAUUUUAUAUUAUAACGAGAAUGCAUUUUUAUUUGAAACAAAUACAGAAAUGUCAGGAAGAAAAAAGAAAAAAACAACAAUAUUUAAAAAUAAGACAUACAAAAUAA